UUGGUAAGGAAACGACGUCGGUUUCGUCGUCGUCUUCGUCGGAGAUUCUGUUGAAAAAUUUGCGUCAGGAAAUUUUUUUAUGUUCUCUCUCUCUCAGCUUCUGUAGUUCUUCAUCGAUGGUAUCGCUUCGCUUCCUCUUCCCCAUUCUGAUUCUCGCGUCUUCUUCUCUCCCACGCUGCUUCGGUGAAAGCCGGAAGGAACUGCGAUAUAAAGGAAUUGGAAGUGGGAACUAUAUAGAAUUCAGUUCAGGUCUUGGAUCCAAGACCGUCGACCCAAGUCGCGUUCUUCAACUCUCAUGGCAGCCAAGGGUCUUCUUCUACCGUGGGUUCUUAACGGAGGAAGAAUGCGAUCAUCUAACAUCUCUGGGAAAGGGCACUUUAGAGGUUGACAGUAAUUCAGGUGAUGCUGAUGGAAAGAAGCAGCUUGCAAGUUCUGAGUACGUGCUCGAUGUCCCAGAUCCUGUGGUUGCUGGAAUAGAGGAGAGAAUUUCUGCAUGGACUUUCCUUCCAAGAGAAAACAGUCACCCAAUCAAGGUAUCACGUUAUGGUUCCGAGAGGGUGGGAGAGAAGUUGGAUUAUCUCGGAGAGAAAUCUAGGUCUGAAACCCGAGAUUCUUUGUUGGCAACCGUCAUUCUUUACCUCUCAAACACAACUCAAGGUGGAGAAAUCCACUUUCCAGAAUCUGAGGCGAGAAACAGGAUUUGGCCCGACUGCUCAAAGACCAGUAGCAUCUUAAGACCCAUCAGAGGGAACGUGGUUCUGUUUUUCACGCGGCAUCUCAACACUUCUGUUGAUCAGACAAGCAUUCACGUUAGAUGCCCUGUUCUCGAAGGCGAAAUGUGGGUCGGAACGAAACUGUUCUAUGUGAGACCGCCUCCCAAACAGAUCAGAGGGACGACCGAGCAAAAAAACAGCGAAUGCACCGACGAAGAUGAGAGCUGUUCUCGCUGGGCUGCUCUUGGGGAGUGCCUGAAAAAUCCUGUUUAUAUGAUUGGUACUCCUGAUUACUCUGGUGCGUGUAGGAAGAGUUGCAAAGCUUGUUAAUUCCAUGGGGGUCAUUUUGAUAAUUUUGGAAAUAACGGGAAAGAAUUGAGGAUUUGUAAGACUAAUGGGCAAAAGCUCCAAGUUAAAAACGAUGGUAAUAUCUUCUCUUAUACUAAUCAAUGAUCCAACCCAUUGUUUUCGUUGU